AUGCUGGUGAAGCAGGAACGUGAGCAGGAGUUUGAUAGCGAUUUCGAACAGUCAGUGACGCCAACGGCAGUUACCCCUCGUCCACGACUCAACGCCGCCACAGCAGUUGCGUCAGCAAAACGCCGCGCUUCCACUCUUCCAGAGGAAGAUUAUCUACAAGGACCCCAUAAGAGUGUCCAGAGAAUACGUGCAGAUCCAAAGGUUACAAUGGGAACACUGCUAACCGAAAUAGUGAACGAAUUGAAGACGAUCCCUGGUUCUGAGCAUUUGAUGUUCGCCGUGAACGCAAAGAAGGUCAAAGAUUACUACGAUAUUAUCAAAAACCCAAUGGAUCUGCAGAAGAUUAAGAGUAAAAUUGCCGAUAAUAAGUAUGAACUUCGACAAGAAUUCCUAUCCGAUGUCAAGCGAAUGCUCGAUAAUUCUCGUCUAUACAACGGGGACAAUCAUGUAAUAACGGAUGCUGCCAAAAAGAUGUUCGAGCUUGCUUCAAAGCGAUUGGUGGAGAAGGAGCAGCAAUUGAUGAAGUUGGAGAAGGCGAUUAAUCCCCUGUUGGAUGAUAACGACAGAGUCGGAUUCGGUUUUGUACUCGAAAAAAUCGUGCAAGCUUGCAAGAACAUUCCGAAGUCUGUUCCGUUUCAUACUCGAGUGGAUGCUAAGAAAGUUCCGUUCUACUACCAGAAAAUAAAUCGGCCAAUGGAUUUGGGCACAAUAGAAGCGAACGUUAAGGCGUAUAGAUACGUUACUGUUCAAGAAUUCCGUGAGGAUGUUCAUCAGAUCUUGAUCAAUUCGGAACUAUAUAACGGUCCUGCAGAGAAGUCUUCGUACACUGCAAAAGCUACGGAAAUCGUUAUGCUUGCAGAUAAGAUGCUCGCUGAUCAUGCUGUCCAGUUGUCGGAACUAGAAGCCAACAUUAACGGGUUUGAUUUGAACAUAGGCGAAGUUGAGCCGGAAAUCGAGGACGCUAUGGCAAACGAUGGUGGGUGCAGUUUCGGUCUGCCAGUUUGA